AUGCCCAAGGCAGAAGUCGGCUCGACGAAAUACCUAAACAACAAACUAAAGUCCAAAGGCCUCCAGCGUCUGCGCUGGUACUGCCAGGUCUGCGAGAAACAAUGUCGCGACGAGAACGGCUUCAAGAUGCACACCCAGUCCGAGUCGCACGUGCGCCAGAUGCUUGUUGUGGGCGAAGACCCUAAAAAGUUUCUCCACGAGUACAGCAACCAGUUUUUACGCGAUUUCCUCCAGCUCCUCCGCACCGGUCACGGCGAGAAGCAGGUCCAGAUCAACCACUUCUACCAGGAAUACAUCGCCAACAAGGAACAUGUGCACAUGAACGCCACCAAGUGGCCCAGCUUGACCGAGUUCGCGAAGCACCUCGGGAGGGAGGGUAUCUGUCGGGUCGAGGAGACUGAGAAGGGGAUCCACAUCGCCUGGAUCGACAACUCGCCCGAGGCGCUCAAGAGACAGGAGGCACUGAGGAGAAAGGAGGCACAAGACCGCGGGAACGAGGAGGUCGAGCAGAUGAUGAUUCGGGAGCAGAUUAAGCGCGCACAGAAGCAGGCCGAGGCCAGAGGAGAGAAGGAGGUGGACGAGGAUGAGAGGGAAAAGGGGCUACAGCGCGCUGAGGGUGAAAAGAUCUCGUUGUCAUUUGGGGUGAAACCCAAGUUGGAGCCGAGCCCUCAGCCAAAGCCUGCGUCGCCUGAUGCUGCUGCUGCCGACUCCGCAACGCCCACGGAUGCUGAAAAGCCCGCGGAUAAGCCCGCCGAGCAAGCCGCCGACAAGCCGUCUCUCGGUUUCAAGAUGACGGCUAAGCCGCAGACGAAGAACGUGUUCGCACAGGCGAAGAAGAAGAAUGCUCUGGGGGGAAGUGCAAAGAAGCCUGCUUUCGAGCAGCCUAAGAAGAUGAGCGAGGCGGAGAGGAUCAUGAAGGAGGACAUGGAAAGGAUGGAGAAGAAGAGGUCGAGAGAUGGCGGUGGUUCUGGGUUUGGGGGCUUCGCAUUCAAGAAGCAGAAGACGGACCGGUAA